GUAGUGACACUAUGGGCAAUCCAGACGCAACUCUUACCCCAAAUCAUUGCCAACCGCGCCGCUUGGUUAAUGACUAGCAGAGGCAGAGCUAGAAGGCUGAAAUGGGGUCUUGUGAUUGUUAUCGGGUGCAUUGAUAUCGCCGUUUACUACAUCUGGACUACCGCCCACAUGCCAGGAGCUACACCUUCCCAGAUUCAUCUUAACCUUGUGUUCGAAAAAGCUGAGAAGUCUUUCUUCCUCGUCAUUGAUUUGGGGCUCAAUGCAUACUUCUUAUAUUUGGUGCGCUUCGGGCUGAUUGCUCACGGGCUAGGCAAGUAUUGGAGGCUCUUUAACUUCAAUGCCGGAAUGGUGGUUGUCUCUACGUCCAUAGAUAUUCUACUACUUGGCUUCUUGAGCUUGCCAAACCCUUACUUAUACGUCCAAUUCGCCCCUCUCGCAUACAUAGCCAAGCUGUACAUCGAGCUCGUAAUGGUUAAUCUGAUCUCGAAAGUUGUGAGAAGCGGUGCGGCUGAGCAAGGAGACGGCCGGUACGGGAGCAGCAGUCACAAAUCUAACCCAACCAAUUAUAUCACUUCCCGAGUUGUCGUGAGCGGCAGUCACGCCAUGACGAAGUCGGGUAACACUAUUUUGAGCAAGUUAGGAAUAGACGCGCCAGCUCGUCAAGGCAGCUCUGGCUCGGAGAUACAUCUAGCCACAGAUCCUGGCCCACAUGGCAUCACAAAGACGGUCGAGACUACAGUUGUGAUGGACAAUGGCGAGGAUGGUCGCAGCGAUAGGUCAUCUAAGCAGAGUGUAUAA